AAGAAUAGUAUUAGUUUCAUUUUGAUGGAGUAUGGAUGGAGUGUGGAUGAGGUUGUUGUGUAUUGAGGUGGGGGGUGUGAGGAGGGGGGGGGUUUGGCAGUGUUGCUUGGUUGUUUUGGUUUGAGUUCAGGGCGAGUGGCAGCCGGGAGUCAUCACCAUCGACUCUUCAUGAACCACGAGGAUGAACCAACUGGCGCAGAAUGACAACAGCCCAACCAUCCACCACACCACCACCACCACAUCAGCAACAACAACAACACCAACCGACAGCAGCCAUCAAAGCGGACCAGAAGAACUGGACGAACCCAUAGGGGCUUUCUCCACUGACACUCGAACAAUCCCCUAUUCCAUCCCAGCCGUCGAACCUUUUGACACCCCUUCUAACAUCCUUAACACCAGCGUGGAGAGCGAUAACCAUGUCCCCUUGACCUUCAAUAUCCGAUUCGCUUCCGAUGGAUCCGUUCCUGAUCUUCUUAACGUCUGGGUCGGCGAUAGAGAAAGCGUCCGAGAAUUCAAACGUCGGAUUCAACUAUUACGUCCUUCUCUAGCCUCCAGACGUCUCAGGUUGAUUUACUUAGGAAGAGUCUUAACGGACGGAACACUAUUAGUACCAUGGACAGAACUACUUUUGAAGCGACAAAACUCGCAACUUUCGCAGACCGAGACGGUGACGAGAGUAUUAGGAGAUGCGGUCAGUGGGGCCCUGGGGGCGGUCAAGGGAGGAUACGAUGCGGCGAUAGGGGUGAAGAGUAAAGGGAAGGGGAAAGAGGUGGAGCCGACGCCGGGCGGAGGGACGCACCAACUGGAGACGGUGGUCUGGCUACAAUGUGCGGUAGGCGAGAUCAUGUCACCGACGAUGACCAACAACGAGGCUGUACUAGAGCCGCCGGAAUCGGACCCGGAAGCAUGCGCCCAAGCCGCCCUCAAUGAGCCCACUGACCAUCAGCAAGUCCCGCUCUCCGGCUUUGAUCGGCUCGCCGAGGCCGGCUUCUCCGAGGAGGAUAUCGAACAGGUCAGGAGACAGUUCCAUGCCGAACACGAGUUCCUGAAUAGUCCCUCCGGCUUCGUCGAUACCGAUGAGGAGGAACAUGCUCGGGCGAUGGAAGAGCAAUGGCUCGAAGGCCUCAAUUCGACCCAGGAUGGUGUCGAUAAUGGGAUGGGAUCGCACAUCUAUUCAACACUUUUCAAAGGACUCUGCAUCGGCUUCUUUUUCCCGAUCAUACCGAUAUUUUUCUUCAGGACCGAUCUACUAGAUCGGAGGACUCAACUAGCCAUUCUUUCUGGAUCCGCCAUCAAUUUCCUCUUCGGUGUAUUACAGUACACCAAUUCGUAAUCGUCCAUCGUUUUUCUUUCUUUCCUCUUUGAGUUUUUCUUUAAUCUUCCUCUUCAUCCAAGCACAAGAGACAAUGUACGCUAUAUUUACACGGCCGUCCAAAUCGGCUUAUAAGUCGAUUGAACUCGUUUGUAAUCCUAUCUAUAUUCCUCUCCUUCACUCGUUUUGUUUUUUUUCCUGCAUGUCUUACAUAUAUACUAAUCAGUGGUGUAUCACAAGCCCUCACUCAACUAAAUUUGUAUAAUCUUCUCUAAUUCAUUUUUUUUUUUUCACCAGC